UGUAUUUAGACCUAACUAUAUAUGGCUCUGGGUAUCGAUAUAUAGGCUACAAUAUUAGAGAUUAGAAUUCGGGCAACAUGCAUAUUAUCAUGGACAUAAGCUGAUUGAAUCAAUGCUGUUUCCAUUCUUUAUUGGAUUUUCACACAAAAAUGUUUAGAUUUAAUUUACAUCAAUCGAACUGUUUCCCAGUGAUGACAGAUCGCAUACGCUCCAAAGCCAUUAUUGCGCAAUCAGAACGCACUCCCUGGCCUGCGAAUGUCCAGGACAAAAACAAACAGUCGGAUAGUGUAACGCACCACCUAUCAAACUUUUUCAGCAUAGCCAUAUUGACAAAAUUAUUUAGAUUUGUUUUUCAGCCAUGCAGCGAAAAUCUCGGAGGAAGAAAGAACAGCGAGCAGCACAGGAGGCCUAUUUGCAGGGCAAAGUGAUGGACACCAAACAGCCUGGACAAGUCUCUAAUGUUGUGUGGGUGAAAGACGCCCCCCUGGCCAAGACAGCGGUGAGGACAGAGCAGGCUGCUUCUGAUGCUACUCCAACGGCUGAAAAAAAGUCAAGGUUUGAGCGUCUGAAGGAAAGGAUGGAAGAAGAGAGGAGAGCUGAGCAUGAGCACUUCAUGAGAAAAAUUCAGGAGUUGGAGAUGAGCGUAAAGUGGGAGCAGAAUAAAUAUGCAGUCCAAGAGGAAGCUCUAAAGGAGAUGACCAGAGGGAAUGAGAGGGCAGAGGCAGAAAAAGCUGCCCUCCAGGAGAUCAUUCAAAGACUGGUGAAGAAACAGGUGAGGACAGAGGAAGCCUGGGAGGGAAAGCAGGAAGACUGGAACAAGGCCAAAGCCAUGUUUUCAGACCAGAGGUCAAAACUGGAGAAGCUUUGGAAGAGGGAGAAAUCUGCUCUAAUAGAUGAAGCAGAAAGCUUUCAAAAGAUAAUCAAGGAUCUCCAGUGUGCCUCGAAAACAACAGAGGCAGAGAUCAAGAUGGCAGAGACGGAGAAAACUGCACUCCAGGAGAUCAUUCAGAGACUGGUGGUGAAAAUUGUCCAGACCGAGAAAGCCUGGGGAAAUGAGCAGAGCGACUGGGCCAAGGACAAGGCCAGGUUAUCAGGCCAGAUGCAGGUGAUGGAGAUUGUUUGGAGCUUAAGAGAAGAUGGAUGGGCCAAACAGAUGCGACACAUGGAAGCGGAGAUAGCCCAGAAGAAGAUUCUGAAAGAAAAAGAGGCACAGGUGCACAGCAACAGUGCAUGCCACAUUGGAAUAAGAGGCUACUUGAAGAAUAUAACCAAAAAGUGGAGAGAGAAAAGGGAGAGGGCGAAGGAAGACAAAUAUGGCCUCCCUGCCCUGAUAAGACCAAACGUCUAAAUAAGGAAGGAGUCAGGAGGGAUUAUACUGAGUUUCUAUUUUAUUUGAUUUAAUGAACAACAUUAGU